AUGAAGUACAUCUUUUCGCAAGAGCAGCUGGUCAUCCCAGAGGAUGUCAAAAUCCACAUCCGUUCCCGCGUCGUGACCGUCGAGGGUCCACGAGGCAAACUCACCAAGGAUCUCUCGCACAUUGCGGUCACCUUCACCAUCACCAAGAACAAGAAGGGCCAGCAACUCGUCCAGAUUGAAAUCCACCACGGCUCAAGAAAGAAUGUUGCUACUCUGCGCACUGUCAAGUCCCUCGUCCAGAACCUCGUCAUCGGCGUCACGAAGGGCUACAAGUACAAGAUGCGAUACGUCUACGCCCAUUUCCCCAUCAACGUCAACAUUGAGAAGAAUGACGAGGGAAAGUUCCAUGUUGAGAUCAGAAACUUCUUGGGCGAGAAGAUUGUCCGAAAUGUCACUAUGCUCGACGGUGUGACCGUGGAGGCAUCCAAAGGUGUCAAGGAUCAGCUCGAAAUCACCGGCAACAGCCUCGAGAACGUCUCACAGUCCGCGGCCGACCUCCAGCAAAUUUGCAGAGUACGAAACAAGGAUAUCCGAAAAUUCUUGGACGGUCUGUACGUGAGCGAGCGGGGCAAUAUCGUUGACGAGUAA